AUGACGCUCAAGCGCCCGCUGUCGCCGCCGGCCAAGCCGCGCCGCGCUGGCACGGCCAUCGACGACGACGCAUGGCUCGACGUGCUCUUGGCGCUCAAGGUCUACCGCCUGCUGUACGGCCACUGCAAGGUGCCUCUGUCCUACUUUGUGCCCCGCCUCGACCACACGCCGACAGCGUGGCCGUUGCAUUUGACAGGCAUGCACCUCGGCGCCGCCGUCAAGACGCUGCGCACGUGCUACCUCCCCGAGCACUUCGUCUCGGCGCUAAAUGCAAUCGGGUUUGUGUGGCGCCAGGACGGUCGUCUCAUCCCAACGGGCACGUCGCUCUUUGACGAGAUCGACGCAGUGCCGUUCGCGGCCAUGAUCACAGCACUCGAGGUCCACGUCGCGACGCACCAGACGACGAAGAUCCCUGCGCACGCAACGUUCGUGCAUACGAGUGUGUGGCACCGGUCCUGGACGUACGUUCUCGCCGACGUGGUGCCGGCGCUGGAAGCGCAUUUCUACCAGCUCUCGGACGUGCAAAUGACCCGUCUCCGUGACCUCGGCUACUGCAAGCAACUGCCGCUCUGGGACGACCUCAUGGACCUCCUCCAACGGUAUUACGAGCACGUGGUGCCGCCGGGCAGUGGCGUCGCGAUCGAUUUUGUCGUGCCACCAGAUGCGAUUGCGUGGCCAAGCCAGUGGCACGGUCUCGAGCUCGGGCUGCUCUUCUGGUCCGUCGGUCUCACACACACAACGACGUUGUCCGAGAGUCGACGGCGCGAUCUAAAGACGCACAAGUUUGUCUUCAACACGGUGCACACGUGGGCCAAGGUACUCGACGCGCUCACGACCUACGACAGCGUGAGCAUGAAGCCGUCGUGCUUUGAGAUGUGGCGCUCGUAUGUGACGCCGACGUCGGCGCCGUGGCCUGAGGCGCUUCGUGGCUACCCGCUCGGCCGGUGGUACAAGGUCAUGUGCGACGCUGAGACCAACUUGCUCUUGCCGUAUCUGACUCAAGAUGCGCUCGUCGGCCUCCGCGGCGGUCUCCGGCUGCUGCCCCAAGAGCUCAUGACCGAGUCGACGACAGCACAGGCCUACUGGGACGCAUUUCUCACCGCGUACAGGUGCAUCUGUGCGAACGCGGCGACGAUUCCGCCCAAGUUUGUCAUGCCGAGUACGGAGAGUGUGCCCAAGGUAGCGCAUGGCUUUUUGCUCGGCGCGGCCAUCGCCUCCGUGCGCAACCACGUCCUGUUGCACCCGGCGCACCGAGCGGCGCUCGACAAGCUCGGUCUCGCGUGGUCGACCUCGGUGCCAGAAGCGGCGGCUACGGAGCCAGUGGAGAUCGUGGAAUGGGUGCCGACGCCACGACGCCGAUACUACCGGUGGCCAGACAAGAUGCGUGCGCUUGAAGCUUUUAAGGAGCUGCAUGGCCACUGCGGCGUGCCCACGGCAUUUGUUGUGCCGUCGAGCACCGAGUGGCCUGAGGACCUGCACGGCUGUCGCCUUGGCGCCUUGGUGUCUCGGUUUUUCGCCGAGCCGCGCUCGGUGCCUGCAGAUUAUGCGCCGUUGAUCUCAGCGCUGGGUGUUGUGUCGGUGCCAGGCGACACGAUCGUCGCGCCCAGAGUCGACGCCGACGGCACGGUGGUGAAAGCCUUUGCUGGCUCUGACGCUGACACGGCAAGCGAUUCCAGCGACGCGCCCAUGGACGUCACGACCCAUGAUGACGUUACUGUCACGGACGGCGAGCAUUUGACCGACGCCACCAUGGUCGCUGUCAGCACAGAUGACGCCGACGAGGACCCUCCAGUCGACAUGUCUGACGACGCCUCGGACAAUGACGACGACGUCUCGGACAAUGACGACGACGCCUCGGACAACAACGUUCUGUGUGGUUCGCUUCCACCAGUGUCUUCCCCUGUCGUUCAUCGCGAGCCCGAGCCCGACGCGCCAUCAUGGACCACCACGUGUGCACUGAGCCACAGCGCCCAAAUGACACAGGAGGCGGCCAACGUGUACUAUGAGCUGACGGGCCAUCGUCACAUCUCGAGUUCGUUCCGCGUACCGCCCGACGACAUGCGCUGGCCGAUGCACCUCUGGGACUGGCCACUGGGCCAGGCGUGGAUGCACUUGCACCGGCGUGCGCCGUCUCUCAAAGUGAAUUGGGACGCGUUGCUCCUGGCGCUUGGAAUCUACGCGCGCGCGACCGGCCAUGGUCAUGUCCCUCGCCACUUUGUCGUGCCCGACGAUGAACGCACGUGGCCGGUGCACCUCACGGGCUUUGACCUCGGCGAGCUUGUGCAUUGCAUUCGGUCGGGUCGCGUCACGCUCUCGCACGCCCACGCCGUCGCUCUCUCGGCCAUGGACUUUGAGUGGACCGCACCGUAA